GUCUCUGCGAGUGUCGUAUUUUGUUACUGGUUCUACAAGGUUUUACAGUCUCCACAGCGAAGACGCAUACCACAGCACAACGCUGCUCCUUAAGAAUUUUCGCGCUGUAUAUCACUCUCCUACACCCACCACACCCGCACACUCAGCCACAAGCCAGCACCGGGCUGAACCAAAGGAGAGAGCGUGUCUUCCCCGCAACGACGUCAUUUCCCUUCCCCACUGCCUAUACAUAACUGCUUAUUCGCCACCGUGCUAUACACCUCUGUUUCUUCCUACCUCUUCUUUCCCAACACACGUCACCUUCCCUUCCCCUGUCCGAGUAGACCACCGUGACUGUGCCACAGUCAAACCAAGGAAACCUCACGUCACUAGUUGUCAUUCGCCUUUCCCUUCUUCCUUACACCUGCUUGUUCGUUUACAGCUCCAAUCCCAACAUGCCAUCCCCAAAGCAGGCGGAAAAGCUGGCAAAUCCUGCCGUUGCAUACACUCUUCUCGAAAAGCUCGGCGCCGGCAACUUUGGCACAGUUUGGAAAGCCUCGCAUAAUGAUACGAAGCAAAUAGUAGCUAUCAAAAUGAUAGACCUCGAAUCAUCAGACGACGAUAUCUCUGAGAUACAAGCCGAGAUUGCACACCUCUCUUCAUGCUGGUCUGACCACGUUACAAAAUACUAUGGUUCAUUUGUCAGGGGCGCGAGGCUAUGGAUCGUAAUGGAGUAUCUAGCUGGUGGGAGCUGCCUUGACUUGUUGAAACCAGGCGUGUUCACGGAAGCUCAGAUAGCUAUUGUCUGUCGGGAACUUUUGUUAGGUUUAGAAUAUCUCCAUAUGGAGGGAAAGAUUCACAGAGAUAUCAAGGCUGCCAACGUCCUACUUUCCGCGUCUGGGGAUGUCAAACUAGCCGACUUUGGAGUCGCCGCCCAACUUUCGUCUCACAAAUCCCAACGCCACACUUUUGUCGGUACCCCCUUCUGGAUGGCGCCAGAAGUGAUUCGUCAAGCCGGUUACGACUCUCGGGCUGAUAUCUGGUCCCUUGGUAUCACGGCCAUUGAGAUGGCCAAAGGCGAUCCACCGCUCAGCGAGUAUCACCCUAUGAGAGUCCUCUUCCUCAUCCCUAAAGCUCGUGCACCGACGCUAGAUCCCGAAGAAGGGUGGAGUGAAGAAUUCCAAGAUUUUAUUGAAAAAUGUCUCCAGAAAGACCCGCGUGAUCGAGCAACCGCUAAGCAGCUUCUUCAACAUCGAUUCAUCCGUUCCGCCAAAAAAACCACCGAUCUUAUUCCCCUCAUCACCCGCUACCAAAGUUACAAGUCCUCUCACCCGUCCUCUAAACCCAAUACCACCCCAUCUAAAACGCUCAACCGCCUCGCCGCGGGUUUGGGCGGACUGACGAUAGAUGGGAACGGGUACGGCCAGGGGACGAUGGGGAGUGAAUGGAAUUUUGAUGAGACAAUAAGGAGUACAACGAGGGGUGUACCCAUAAAUCUCAACUUGGAGGACAUGGAUGAAGGGUUUGAUGAGGAUGAGGGUGAGGAUGAUUGGGACGCGAAAAUGGCAGAGAUGGAAAGAUGGGAUGGUACGGUAAAAGAGAAUGGGGGUGAUUUGUUGGUUGCGGGGGCGUUGACCGGAUCGGAAAUGUCUUCGCCGAUGAUUGAGAGGCAGCCGAAUAGGAGAAAUUCGACUCCUCCCCCCGGAGCAUCAGCUUCAAACACGGACACAAGAGAGGAGGGAGAGAGAAAAGGAGUCGAUGAGCCAAAAACGCCGCCGAGCUCUACAUCUCCCUCUCCGUCCCAGAGAAGUCUACAGUCUUCAACGGGGAGUGUCUCGUCGGGCAAGUCGACGUGGAAGCAGAGGAAUGAUAAAGUUAGAGGUACUGUGGUGAAAGAGGGUGAUGUCGGUGAUGGGUUCUCGACAGUCAAGCCUAUGAAGAAGAUUGACGCAGUUGCUUCGCAGAGGCUCUCAACGUCAUAUAUCGGUGCAGGCUCUGUCCGUCGCGCCAACGUUUCCGGACCUACUCGUAACUCCGGUUCAACAACGGAAUCACCUACCAAAUUUCGACCUUCUGCGCCGCUAGUCUCUGAGAAUAUCCCUCGCCAAACACCUCAAAACCAAACACAAACACAAGGAAAAGGCGCCAGUGCUGAACCUGACCCCCGGAGUCUAGCUGGUCAAGCUCUGGCUGAACAAGUCAUAUUACCCAUCUUAUCCUCUACCUCUUCCAACCCCAAACACGAUCUCCCCGCACCAACCCUGGAAUCCCUCUCCCUCCUCUCCAAAGGGUUUUCCGAUCUCUCGGCCUCUUCACCCGAACUUACGUAUAGGCUCGUGAUGGAUAUACUAGGCGGAAUCAGAGGGAAUGGAGUGGUAAUGGAGUUGGUGGGAAGGAUGACGAUGGGGAAGGAAGUUGGGCUGGAUGUUGGAGAUGGGCCUGGGGUAGGGGCUGGGGUUGAGUUGGACGGGGUUGAUGGAGUCAGUGGGAUGAGAGAUGGGCAGUGCGUGGGGAGAGAAGAGAUAGAAGAAGGAGAAGCAAAGGUGAAAGGGGAUCUGGUGAAAGAAAGAAGCGCGAUUGCGGAUCUAUUAUACCUUCGCUGGCUUGACGGGAUGAGGAUGAAAUGGCCGAAAGCUUAAGGGGUGUUACACGUGCACAGGGGACAACUCGAUCGCACACAUCUAUUCGCACAUACCUGAUCCAAUCAUUCGACCUGCUGUUUUUACAAUCAUAAUCCAUCUAGUCUAUUGUCAUCCUCUUAAUAACUCAAGUUUACAGAAUACAAGAUCCAUCGUCCCUCCCUCCCCCCAAGCGUCUCGUUUCCCAUUAUUCCUUUUCGGUUUCCGACCAACCUAGUUGUUCUCUCACGAACUACUUUUCACGACAAAAACUUGAUGACAUUUACUAUGGUCCCGAUUGUAGUCCCAGUUCUCACUUUUGCACUUGACGACUUAACGCUGUUCAUGACCUGUAAUGACCCCCACUUUUAUUUGUAUACGCUGCAUGCAAAACAAGCUGCAUAUUUCUUUGCUAUACAUUAGAUGCAUUUUAUCAUUG